UAUGACGUCAUCUUAUAAUUUCUAGUUAAACUAUUUUUAACACAUUUAUUAAUGGAUUAUGGGGACUUUGCCGUCUGUGCUCUGUAAGGACACGCAGAUUGAGCCCAGUAAAAUACCGGAAACUAUAGAAGGUCCAAGAUUAGUAGUGCUGGUGUGUGGUGGAAGCCAUGGCGCUCAUACGGCUUCCGGUCUCGCGGCAUCUCGCAACGACACGGAGGCGCGUGUUUUGACAUUGUACAAGGACGAAGCAAAACGAUGGACAAAAGCAAUGAGAAGACAUAAUUUUACUGUGGAAGUGACUGAAAAUAAUGGAAAAUCCACCAAAAUCAUUGCUAAACCAACAAUCGUUUCCAAUGACCCAGAAGCAGUGGUACCAGGCGCCCAUGUAAUUAUUUUCAGCAUGCCCGCUUUCGCCCAUCCAGUAUAUCUCGAGGCCAUUGAACCUCACUUAAAGCCAGGUACAGUUAUUGUUGGAAUGCCGGGUAAACCGGGAUUCGAGUUUCAAUGUUUAGACAUUCUGAAGGACAAAGCCAGAUCCUGCGUGAUCAUGUCUUUAGAAACGCUCCCGUGGGCAACGCAUAUUUUGGAAUAUGGUUGUAAAGUUAAGAUUUUUGCAACAAAGGCAUCAGUUCAGACAAGUAUAAUUUCUGGCAAAAGUCAUCCGGAAGCAGAUCCUUUAGGAAGCAUGCAAAGAGUGUUAGGCAAUAAACCUUUCUUGAAGCAGACGAACAGCUAUUUAGAGAUCUACUUGUCGUCAAAAUCAGUAGUUCACCCGCCGAUUAUGUACGGAACGUGGAAGGAUUGGGACGGACAACCUGUUGACGUAGUGCCGCUAUUUUAUCAAGGUGUGAAUGAGGUGGCGAUCAAAUACCUGUUUGGAGUGGCUGGUGAACUGGUUGCCACAGCUCUAGCCUUUAAACAGCAACAUCCAGGACUAAUUAUGUCUAGAGUUAUUCCCCUUUUAGACUGGUAUCGCCAUACCUACGCAGAUGACAUCAAGGACAACAGAGACCUCUGGAGUUGCUUGCUGACGAACACAGCCUACGAUGGACUUUACCACCCUAUGAUUGAGAAAGGUAGGCAAUUUAUGCCGGACUUUGAGCACAGAUAUCUGGUGGAAGACGUGCCCAAUGGAUUAGUCGUCACCAAAGGUCUGGCCCUUAUUGCUGGAGUGAAGACUCCCCAUACUGACGAGGUUCUACUGUGGUGCCAGAAGACAAUGGGAAAAGAAUAUCUGGUGGACGGAAAGCUGACGGGAAAGGACAUCCAGGAGACCAGAUGUCCUCAACGUUACGGUUAUAAUACAAUUGAUGACUUGGUCAGUUUUCUGUGAAAUGAAAUAUCUGAAAAACAGCUUGCUAAUAUUUUCAUGAUAAAAACAAAAAUAAAAUAUAACUUGUUAAAAAUAAAAAUAAAAAUGACACGUUAAGACAGCAGAA